AUGGAGGGCGGGGUGCGGCGCGUCCAUUUGAAUCGCAGAAUAAGCAGCCACGACGAGUACGCAACACGGAACACUCACUUCAAUAGAGAAUAUCAAGAUGGACAACAAAGACUUGGGCCUGCUCGAACCCCGAUUUUCUACCCCUUUAACCUCUACUCAGAAUGGGACGACGCAGAGGACCUCGCCUACAAGAAUAUCCUUGUCAGCCUGGUCAAAGGAGAAGCUUAUCCGUCUCAAGCUGCGCACCAAGUCGAUACUGUAUUGAUGCAACACUUCACCUCGAAAUAUAAAUUAUUAUGCACCCGACCAAAGCCUUACCAACUCACGCCCGAAGAGACCGCCAGAGGCGUCAAGCAUAUUCGUGACAUCGCGUCAUCGCCUGAGAGUCAUGUCGAGCUUAUUUUCCAAAGGAUUGCAAUUCUGUGCGGUGCCUUCCCGCCCGGCCACCCGGCGCAAGACCGGAUUAUUUUGUUUCUCGAGGCGCUGCGCGCCAUGAACAUAUACAUAAUGUGUUGUACCUGGGGCUCGACGAGAACGAAGGAAAAGAGGAGCCAUUCCAGAAGUUCCAGCUGUGGCCACUGGGCAAGGACUGGCGUGGCACUGCAACCGCCUUUCGACGGGAGGUUCCACAGAAGAGCCGGAAGCGAUCUGAAAAACGACAAGGAACACCUCCGGUGGCUUAACUUCCAGUCCGCAAUUGCCCGUAUCACAGCGCUGGGUCUCUUGGAGUGCUGGAUUCUCUAUUCACUGGAUAAUACCAUACCUGGCGGUCGGUUUUACUCUCGGAAGGAUACACUUGGCAUUGCUUGCAAUCUGUUUGCGGGGGCAGAGUAUAGGAAAAGGGGCAGAAUUACCAAGAUCGGGAGGCAGAUGUGGAGUAUGGAGCGGUGCGGUCUGUGGAAGCAGCUGUUUGCACCCAUCGAUUCCGGGGAGGAUGACCGAUUUGAUAUGGAGAUUCGACGGCAGGUGAAAUUGGCGCUUAAGCGAAUGAUUGCGUGUGAGAAAAGAGGGGCGUGA